AUGUCCAUCCCCAACCCAGCCUUCUCGCGGCCAAGCGAACGCCGUAAUCUCGUACCGCAAACACCUGUACCGGCCUACACCGCAGCUGUACCGACCUACAUCACAGCUGCACCGACUUACGCUUACGCAGCGCCAACGCUCCGAACGGACGGGAGUGACGGAAUGAACACGAACACGCUCGCCUCGUCGGAUAUCUUCGACUCGCGCUCGUCCUCAGCGAGCAAUUAUACCGCCGAGACGAAUCUCGGGAUACCUUCCAACCCCCUCGCGUCGACGCUUACGUCCCUCGCUACGACGAUGGAAAGCAUGCGCGGUCAAGACAGUCCAGCCGCUCACACGACCAUGGCCAGAUUGUCGAGCACGAUGACGGCACUCGCGACAGCCAUCACGUCCAUGCACGACGUGGCUCCUACCACGCCUGGUUCGGGGGAGUGGCAGUCGAACCAGCCCGUCUUCCCGAACAACUAUACAAACCCGUACCAGAACCAGGCCCGCGAGCCACAGUGGGAUAGAUACCCAAGUCAACGCGAGUAUGACGGGCGCAUUGAUUCGCAGGACAGCUUCCACUCCUUCCCGCGAGAGGUGGAGGCGCCUCACAUGGCAAUUGACGAGCUGCGCGCCGAACAGGCCAAGCUCCGCGCCCUAGAACGUAACCGCCCCCAAGGGCAGGUAAAUCUGAGUCCACCCCCACAAGGUCUGCAGAGUCCGCGCCCGCUUCCCAACUUUCCCAUUCCGGCCGCCAUUCUCGCACCGGAGCGCCCCAACUUGGACGAAGGACAGACCGCCGUGCCCCUCGCUACGCAGCACCAGCUGUUCGCACAGUCCAUGGCAACCCUCCUCGACGCCCUGGACAAUAUGGGCAGCGACGUCCACUCUGUCCGGCGCACCGUUAUUGAGCGCGAGGCCGCCUUUGGGCGCGAAGUCACGCGCUUCUUCCACGAACUUGAUUCGGCGCAUCUCACCUCACAGCGGGUCGAGUUCCUCUGUACCUUUGGCAAACGGUGUUUACUUGCCCAGUUGGCGAAUACGACGGCGGUGACGGCGGCCAUCGAGGGCGUUGUGGGACUCCAUGAGGCCGCAAAGGAACAGGCUACACAGCUAGCCGAUAUCGCCGCUAGUUUAGGCAAGACGCGGACGCAGCUCGAGGCAGCUGCUUCCGCGAGUGCGGAUCGUGAGGCGACACUCGCACUCGAGAAUAAGCGCGUGGUUGGAGAGAAGGAUCGUAUUGUGGCCGAGAAGGACCGGAUCGUGGGGCAGUUACAGGCUGUCCAUUCCGCCGCUGGGGAGCAUGACAAGGCCAUCGCUAAUGAGCGUACCGAACGCGACGCAAGGGUUACCGAGCUCAAGAAGGACCUUGCAAGACUAGCUGAUACCCUCAACUCUUCUGUCGAGGAGCUCGACCUUAUUCGGCAGAAGGGCGCCACGCCCGAGAACUGGCGGGCUGCCGAGAACAUCCGUACCCAGCUCCGCUGGGCGAAGGAGAAGGUCCAGCGGAACACGAAUGACAAGGAGCAGAACCUGUCGCAUACCAUGUCGGCUAGGCUUGCGCUUGUUGCGCCCCAGGCUGGCGCGGAUACGAUCAAGGGCCGCCGUCCGCGGGCGCCGGGACGCCUGCCGCUAAGUACGGUGGACGAGUGA